CCAACCACCAGCGACAAGAUGCCUCCCAAGAUUGUCAGAAGUGCCAACCAAGGAAGCGGCAAGAGCACCCCCAAGGAGUCGGGAGCCUCAAAGAAAGGCAAAGAUGGCUCCGGCACUCCUGAAGCACCACCGGCACCUCCCAAGCUCUUUGGAAGCUGGACGGGCAAGACCCCUGUUAGCUUGCUGCACGAGCACUGCCAAAAGUUUGGCUGGAGGAAGCCUGAGUAUCAGAUCAGCUCUGGUGUCAAGGGCCAUCGAUGUGCGAUUGUCGUCUCGCUCGAGGACAAAAAAACCAAAGAGAUCAGGUCGCUCAGAUUCUGGAACGGCCAGUACUAUCAAAGCGACCAGGAGGCCAAGCAUACGGUCGCAACAUACACUCUCUUCAAGUUCUUUUCGCAUCUGUCGCUCAAUCGACUGCUGCCUCCGUCGCAGAGCAGCUACUGGGCCGAGCUUGCUGAGGCUCAGAAGACCGAAGGUGUCGAUACUUCGGCAAACAUCCGAGACCCCUUCAAGGCCGAGGAAAUGCGGCAGAGCGGGAAGCAGCCCGGGAGAGGCUCGAGCUCGGCCCCGACCCCAGAUUCUGCCGCCAAGACGCCUGCUCCCGAAAGUCGGCCCACCAGAGACGGAGAUGCCAAGACCGACAUCUACAACCUCCCUGUCUUGAACAUGAGCAAGGAGAUGCGAUUCAGAAUCGAGGAGCUGUUGAAGCAGGAGCAUCAGCGGAUCCAGCGAAAUCAUCCGCUCGCAGACGGCGGUGGCCUGUCUGAGGACACUUCGCAGAUGCUGUUGAACAAAUACGUCAGGAUAGGAUUCCGCAAGCCCCAGGUCGAAGAGGGCCUUCAAUUUGCCAAAACCGACCGAGAGCUUCUUGACUGGCUGUGUAUCCACGUUCCUGAAGACGAUCUCCCUGCCAAGUUUAUGCCAAAGAUCGAAUCCGACAUUGUCGGAGAAAAGAACACCACCCAGUCUCUUGGCCGCAACUAUGCAAUCUCUCGCCUGCAUCGCUCGGGAUACUCACGUAGAAUGUGUGAGCGGGCGCUGGACGAGGCUCUGGGUAACGAAGUGCUGGCGCUGUCCCUUCUCACCAAAGCUGCGAUCAGCCACCAAACACCCGAGGAGUCAUCUGUGGAGAUAACGCCUGAGGAGCAGAAGGAGAUGAUCGACCAAGAGGUCGAGGUGUUGGUGUCUAUAUACGGAGAAGACGCAGUCAAAGCCAGCCCAACGGUCGUCUCCGUCACCAUCGAAGAUGGCAGCGUUGCUGAGAAGACGACCUUGGAGGUCCACAUCACCGAGUCCUAUCCUCAUGACAUCCCUGGCAUCGUCGUCCUGAAUCCCUCGCUUCCAACAUACAUCCGACUGAGCAUCACAAAGGGACUAGCCAGUGAAUGCGCCAGCUUGGUUGGUUUCCCUUUGGUUGGCGCGCUGUCCUCGUGGCUUGAGGGCAACCUCGCCUCAAUCGUAGCGUCGCCCCCGCCGUUGGUAUCGAUCGUAGCUAACGAUGGAUCGAUCGGCGGAAGCACUGCGGCCGAACCCAGCAGUACCGUCGAUGCCUCGGGCUUGUCUGCCAACUCUACCUCAAAGCGAUCCAAGGCCAAAUCGGCACCGUCGAACCGAUCCAAGCCCCCAAUCAAUCUCUGUGACGCAGACGGGAAACUUAGCCUGGAGCUGCUCAAACAAUACGAGCAGCAGGCGCGCGAGUCCGAGUUCAUCAAUAUGUUCGAGAAACGCAAGAAGCUUCCCUCGUACAAGUUCCGCGACCAAAUCAUUGAGAGCGUCCUUGGUAGCCAGGUCGUGAUUAUCUGUGGUGAAACCGGCUGCGGAAAAUCCACCCAGGUCGGCCAGUUCAUCUUGGAGAGCAUGUACACUUCCAAGCGCGCUGCAAAUUGCAGCAUCAUCUGCACUCAGCCGCGACGUAUCAGCGCCAUGUCCCUCGCCGAGAGAGUUGCAUCCGAGCGAAACGAGAAGAUGGGAAGCACGGUCGGCUAUGCCAUCCGAGGAGAAACCGUCCGCAGCGAGCGCACGCGGCUGCUGUUCUGCACCACGGGUAUCCUGCUUCGGAUGUUGCACAAUGACCGCUCGCUGGACCAAGUAUCGCACAUCAUAAUUGACGAGGUUCAUGAGAGAGGAGUUGAGAGCGAUUUCUUGCUCGUAAUCCUGCGCGAUCUGCUGGCUCAGCGAAAGGACCUCAAGCUGGUCCUGAUGAGUGCCACCAUCAACGCUACCACAUUCUCGGAGUACUUCAAGGACGCUCCUGUCCUGGAGAUUCCUGGAUUUACUCAUCCAGUCAAAGACAUUUACCUCGAGAGUAUCCUGAAGGAGACUGGAUACAUGGUCAAGUCGACCAAGGGCCGAGGAAAAGCCUCGAUCGAGCAGACCAGCGAGCUUGAGGAUUUGAAGAAGGAGUAUACCGACGAGGGCUACGACGACCAAACCAUGAUAUCCUUGAUGCGCGCGGAAAAGGAAAGCGAUCGCAUCAACUACGAGCUGAUCGCCCAAGUGGUUCGACACAUCAUGAGUCUGCCAGAAGACGACGGCGCCAUCUUGAUCUUCAUGCCAGGUGUCAUGGAAAUCAAAAAGUGCAUCGACCAAAUCAAAUCGGAAGUCACGGACUGCGGAAGGCUGCAGGUUCUGCCGCUCCAUGCCAACCUCUCCACCAAAGAGCAGUCGCUGGUCUUCAAGAACUAUGGCAAGGGCUGUCGCAAGAUCAUUGUGUCGACAAACAUUGCCGAAACGAGUAUUACGAUCGAUGAUGUCGUGUUUGUGAUCGAUGCCGGCAAGGUCAAGGAAAUGAACUAUGAUGGCCAAAUGAUGGCUCUGGUCGAGACUUGGGCCUCGCGUGCCUCGUGCAAGCAGCGCCGUGGUCGUGCCGGCCGUGUGCGGCCAGGCUUCUGUUUCAAACUGUACACCAAGAAGCUCGAACAGCGCAAGAUGCCGGCGCAAGCCCUCCCCGAGAUUCUGAGAAUUCCGCUGGAGCAGCUCUGUUUGCAAGUUCUGGCGCUGGGAUACGAGGAUCCUCAGAUCUUUCUGCGCAAGGCCCUUGACCCCCCGGCCGUGGAGAACAUCACCAAAGCUCUGAAUACGCUCAAGGAUCUGAAUGCAGUCAAUAAAAGCAGCGGCACGCUCACGGCACUCGGAAAGCAUUUGGCAACCAUUCCGGCGGACCUCAGGAUCGCCAAGAUGCUGCUGUUUGGCUGUAUCCUGAACUGUCUGGAUCCAAUCCUGACGAUCGCGGCAUGCAUGAGCACCAAGAGCCCAUUUGUGUCGCCGAUGGACAGUCGCGAUGAAGCAAAAGAGGCGCGGGGCCGUUUCAGCGAAGAACAGAGCGACUGGCUCACGGACAACCGCGCCUUUGAUGAAUGGAAGCAAGUGCGUGAGGAAGGCAAAGCAGCCGAGCGACGGUUUUGUGAGCAGAAUUUCCUGUCGCAGAUCACGCUCAGCGCCAUUGCCGAUCUGCGGCAGCAGUAUUUCGACAACCUGGUCGACAUUGGCUUUGUGGAGUCAGACAGCAAACGGCCAGUCCUGGAUCAGUGUCCGCGCAUGAACAGCAACUCGCAGUCGCCCAAGAUCAUCAAGGCGGCGCUUCUUGCGGGACUGUAUCCCAAUGUUGUCCUGAUCGAGAACCCACCAACGACGUAUGUUGAGACACCCAACGGAUCGGUGGCACAGCUGCCCGAGGCAUCCGAGAUCAAGUUUCGCCUGGAAAGGAUUGGACGCACAUUCGUCCACCCCACAUCGAUCAACUUCUCCGCCCGCAAGUUCGACUCUCCCUUCAUCGUCUUCCACCAAAUGGUCUCGACCUCCAAGGUAUUCUUGCGCGACACCACCACGAUCUCGCCUUGGCCGAUCCUGAUGUUUGGAGGCCCGCUCUCCAUGGACCACAACCACGGCGUCGUGCGUGUGGGAGGCAACAUUUCCCUCCAAGCGUUCCCUCGCAUCGCAGUCCUGGUCAAUGGAAUCCGAACGUUGCUCGACGCCAUUCUCGAAGACAAGAUCCGAGACCCGAAGCUUGUCGUUUAUGACCAGGCCCCUAUCCAGCUCAUCCAAGAUCUGUUCCUCUGCGACGGUGCCUGAAGCGAGCCACGCGUACAUCAACCCAGCUCGCCAACGCCUCCCUCUGUGUGCAGGAAGGAAGGUC